CAUCCUGUUUGAAGACCACAGCCUUCUCUUCGUGGGGCCUCGGCACUCCAGCCAGGUCAAAGGUCGCCCCCGGAGCAAGAUGGCCGCCGGCGGUCCACCCUGCCUCUGUCUGCCGGCCCUGCUGCCCCUCAGCACUCUGUUGCUCUGUAUGCUGCUUACUGGCUUCCAUGCCUUAUCACAGCCAAGAUUCACUAAAGUUCCCGUAGACCAGAUUGGCGUAUCUGGGGGUGUGGUCUCGUUCGUGUGCCAGGCGACAGGAGACCCUAAGCCCCGGGUGAGCUGGAACAAGAAGGGGAAGAAAGUCAACUCCCAGCGCAUUGAGACUAUAGAGUUCGACGAGGGUGCCGGCGCCGUCCUUCGGAUCCAGCCUCUACGAGCGCCGCGGGACGAGAACAUCUAUGAGUGCGUGGCGGAAAAUAGCGAGGGUGAGGUCAACGUUAACGCCAAGCUGUCCAUCAUCAGAGAGGACUUGCUCCCGGGAGGAUUCCCCAACAUAGACAUGGGGCCCCAGCUGAAGGUGGUCGAGCGGACCAGGACGGCCACCAUGCUCUGUGCUGCCAGCGGCAACCCCGACCCAGAAAUCACCUGGUUUAAGGACUUCCUGCCCAUAGACCCCAACGCAAGUAACGGGCGAAUCAAACAGCUGCGCUCAGGCGCCCUGCAGAUUGAGAACAGCGAAGAGACGGACCAGGGGAAGUACGAGUGUGUGGCGUCUAACGUGGAAGGCGUGCGUUACUCAUCCCCUGCUAACCUAUAUGUGCGAGUCCGCCGCGUGCCCCCUCGCUUUUCUAUCCCGCCGACCAGUCACGAGAUGAUGCCAGGUGGCAGUGUGAACAUCACCUGCGUGGCGGUAGGGUCGCCCAUGCCGUACGUCAAAUGGAUGCUCAACUCCGAGGACCUGACACCGGAAGACGAGAUGCCGGUGGGUCGGAAUGUUCUGGAGCUCAACAGCGUGCGAGAGUCUGCCAACUACACAUGCGUGGCCAUGAGCAGUCUGGGCAUCAUCGAAGCGGUGGCGCAGAUCACCGUCAACCCUGCCCAAGCCCCCAGGCACCCAAUGGUGACCGAGACCACGGCCACCAGUGUCACCAUCACCUGGGACUCGGGCAACCCAGACCCCGUGUCUUAUUACAUCAUCCAGUACCGCGCCAAGUCUCCUGACAGCAAGUUUGAGACCAUGGACGGCAUCACCACUACGCGAUACAGCAUCGGGGGCCUCUACCCCAACACAGAGUACGAGAUCCGCGUCUCAGCCUUUAACACCAUCGGCCAGGGUCCCCCCAGUGAGCCGGUGGAGACCCGGACUGGGGAACAAGCCCCGGCCAGUCCGCCCCGCAACAUCCAGGCCCGGAUCAUCUCCCAGAACACCAUGAUGGUGCGCUGGGACGAGCCUGAGGAGCCCAACGGACAGAUCAAAGGGUACCGGGUGUACUACACCAUGGACCCGUCCCAGCCCAUGAGCCUAUGGCAGAUCCAUAAUGUCCAGGAUAGCAUCAUCACCACCAUCCAGAGCCUGGUGGCAUCUGAGACCUACACCAUCCGUGUCCUGGCCUUUACCUCGGUGGGCGACGGGCCCUUUUCCGACCCCAUCCACGUCAAAGUGCUGCAAGGAGUCCCCGGACAGCCAACAAAGUUCCAGGUUGGUGCUGUGUCCGACACAAGCAUGGAGUUGACCUGGGAACCUGCCUUCCAGAAAGAGGGGAUCAUCAGCUUUGAACUCCGGUACAAAGAGGGCAGUUUUGGCAGUCAGGUGACCAAAACUUUCAGCCCCACUGCUUCAUACGUCGUUGAGGGUCUGCGGGCAAACACGGAGUACUACUUCUCUCUGGCUGCCAUUUCCAACAAAGGCAUCGGAGCCUUCACCAACGAAAUAUCCCAGAAAACCUUGCAAGCCAAGCCCUCAGCCCCCCCUCAAGACGUUAAGUGCAGCAGCUCCAGCUCCACCUCCCUGCUGGUAAGUUGGCGCCCCCCGCCUGUGGAGAGCCAGAAUGGCGCCCUGGCGGGGUACCUAGUGCGCUACCAGGUGGUGGGAGCCUCCGUAGAGGGUGGAGGCGGCGGUGCCGGAGAACCCAUGGAGGAGCCGGCCGUGCCGCCCAGGGACGGGCAGGUGCUGCUGCAGAAGCUGGAGAAGUGGACCCAGUACCGUGUCACCUUGGCCGCCUUCACCGAAAUCGGGCCGGGCCCAGAGAGCGAACCCCUGCUCUGCCGCACCGACGAGGAUGUUCCCGGAGCUCCUCCUAGGCGGGUCGAGGUGGAGGUGCUCAACUCCACGGCGCUCAAGGUCAUGUGGCGCUCCCUGUUGCCGGGGCGACAGCACGGCCAGAUCCGUGGUUACCAGGUGCACUAUGUGCGUGUGGAGAACGGGGAGUCGCGRGGCCUGCCCCUCAUCAAGGACGUCAUGCUUGCCGAUGCCCAGGAAAUGGUCAUCGGAGGGCUACAGUCGGACACCACCUACUCCAUCACAGUAGCUGCGUACACCACGAAGGGAGACGGYGCACGCAGCAAACCCAAACUGGUGGUAACCAAAGGAGCAGUGCCUGGGCCACCCUCUCUGUCGGUGGCUCAGGAUUCAGAGACGUCGGCCGUGGUGUGCUGGGACGCACCCGAUGUUAUGAUCCCUGGCAUGGGGCUGCAGGGUUACCGGCUUCAGUUUGGCCGUAAGGACGUGUCCCCCCUGGCUACUCUGGAGUUCACCCCCCAGGAGAGGCAGUACACGGUGGCUAGUGUCCACCGCGGUGCCACCUACCUCUUCAAAGUCCAGGCCAAGAGUCGGGGUGGCUUCGGUGAGGAGGCGACAGCCGAACUGCAGGUGCCCGAACACACACCCCAGGGGUACCCCCAAAUCAGAGAAACCUCCAACGUGACCUGCUGCUCGGUGGAGUUGUCAUGGUCGCCCCCGGUGCUGGCAGAGCGCAACGGGGACAUCACAGAGUACACGCUAGCAUACCAGGAGACGGGCUUGGGGGGCGUGCCCCGGGAACUCAGCCUGCCCGCAAGCCAGUCCAACUACGUGCUCAACAGCCUCAAACCCAACUCGGCGUACGACGUGAAAAUACGRGCGCACACGAGUGUAGGUCCAGGGCCCUACAGCCCGCCGAUCCAGUAUCGGACAGUGGCGUUUGAGACAGACGUCCCAAAGAACUUCACGGUGAAGUGGGUAACCAAGACGACGGUGUUGCUGACAUGGAAGUUUGUUGAGAGGCGGUUCCCAUUUCGGUGCACGAUCGAGUACAACCGUCAGAAGAUGGACGUAGACGCGCCGGCUGACCAAGGCGCUGGUCACCAGCCUGCGCCCAACACCACCUAUGAGUUCCGGGUCACGUGUCAGGAGAACACAGAGGGUGGACCUCGCCACCGUGUGGUCGAGACCACACCGCCCAUCCUGGUCAAGAAGCCCAGGCUGGACCUCUACUCGGAGCCAGACAACAUUCUGACCAGGUUUCGCCCCGUAGAGACCAAGGACAUCAAGGACUUUUAUGUGGUGGCGGUACCACUAAAAAAGGGUUUGGGUACUGCACGACAUCUCAAGAACCCAGACGAAAUGGACCUGGAAGAGGUAAGAACCAAGAAAUGGUUGUGGUCUGAAGUGCUCAGGUUUAGGGUGUGUCUGAAUGUGUUCAGUGUGUCCGGAUUGGCUCAGGCUCAGGUGUGUCUGAAUGUGCAUGUGGCACGUGUGAUGAGUACACACACAUGUGCGUGCGCCUCUCGUACAACGGUUACUACCCCCGGCGGUGGUGUUGAGUUCUCAGCCAGUAGGAAGAAGACGUAUUCCUGCCGGCGGGCUCCAGAGGUUGGCUCUCACAGGCUGCUGUGGCGGUGCUCUGUGCCCGGAGGUGAACGAGGUGGGGAGCUGCUUGAGCAGGCUGUGAAUGUAGGGCUUCUUCCCAUCCGCCUGGCUCAGCUGACGCCUGGUGCGCGCUUCGGGAAAAUGUUUGCGGCCAGCCCAUACACGGACUUAGUGGUGACCCCAGAGCUAGAGGCUGAUCCUCUGCCCAUGGAGACAGGCGGGGACGGCCUCAUCUGGGUGGUGGGGCCCGUCCUGGCCGUAGUCUUCAUCAUCUGCAUCGUCAUCGCCAUCCUCCUCUACAAGAACAGCAAACCUGACAGCCGCAAACGAAAGGAGUCAGAGCCCAGAACAAAAUGUCUGCUGAACAACGCAGAGAUCACCCCCCACCACCCCACAGACCCAGUGGAGAUGAGACGCAUUAACUUCCAGACCACAGGUAUGAUGAGUCAUCCCCCCAUCCCCAUCGCGGAGCUGGCUGAACACACGGAUCUUCUCAAAGCCAACGACAACCUGAAGCUCUCCCAGGAGUAUGAGUCCAUCGAUCCAGGCCAGCAGUUUACGUGGGAACACUCCAACCUGGAGGUGAACAAGCCAAAAAACCGCUACGCCAACGUCAUCGCCUACGACCACUCCCGCGUCAUCCUCGCACCCAUCGAAGGUAAGACCAUACCAUCAGGGUUCAGGCGGCCAUCAGCGUUGACUACGAACACUAAGGAGAGCAUCAAGUGUGACCAGUACUGGCCCAGUCGAGGCACAGAGACCUAUGGUAUGAACCCAGAAUGCUCCAGUGAGAAGCGGCGAGGUCCGUCAGUUGCCAGUUCACGGAGCGUGGCCCGACCACGGGUCCCCGAGUACCCCACCCCCUUCCUGGCCUUCCUCCGCCGGCGAUCAGCUCAGAUCUUUACUACUCUGCAGUCCUUCAUCUCUCUCUACUUCUAUCAUCUCUCCUUCUCUCACUUUCUAUCCUUCCCACUGUCACUCCAUUCCCCUCCAUCCAUCCCGUUGUCUCCCACCCCUUCUCCUUACCUCUCCAUAUCCCACUCUCAAUCCUUCCUUUCCCCCCCUCCCUCUCUCUCUACACCCCCCUUCCCCUCUCUCCUUCCUCACCACCCAUCUCUCCCUCCCUCCCUCCCUCCAUCCACCCACCCCUCUCUACAGCGCCUAGCCAACUCCAAGGCCCAUACGUCCAGGUUUAUCAGUGCCAACCUGCCCUGCAACAAGUUCAAGAACCGUCUGGUGAACAUCAUGCCCUACGAGACCACCCGCGUCUGCCUGCAGCCAAUCAGGGGCCUCGAGGGCUCAGACUACAURAACGCCAGCUUCAUCGACGGAUACAGGCAACAGAAGGCCUACAUCGCAACGCAYGGCCCGUUGGCAGAGACCACAGAGGACUUCUGGAGGAUGAUGUGGGAGAACAACUCCACUAUUGUAGUCAUGCUCACCAAACUCCGAGAGAUGGGCAGGGAAAAGUGUCAUCAGUACUGGCCCGCUGAGCGUUCGGCCAGGUACCAGUACUUUGUGGUGGACCCCAUGGCUGAGUACAACAUGCCCCAGUACAUCCUCCGAGAGUUCAAAGUCACCGAUGCCAGGGAGCAUACAGCGUAA